UUUGGUCAUUGCCGAAAGAAAGCCUUCGAAAUUCAAAUCACCCAACGGCAAUCACCACCACAAAAUCGAAACAAAACACACAAUUCUCAUUCUUCACAUCAGCCGACAGAGGGUUGUAGAAUUGAAUUGUCGUGCUAUCUGCAUCUAGCUAGUAGACUAUCUGUUGUGGACCAUGGUGAAGUACCGACGGGGCAAGUCUCUUCCCGUGGACCAAGAAUCUCCCGAUAUUUCGGGCAAUGAGAGCAGUAGCACGACGUGUACAACGACAACUACUACAUGUGCUACAAGUGAAGAUGUGUUUUAUUCUCCCAUUCUCAAACCCUUAUCCACCACUCCUACAUGUACUACUCCAACGGGAGCCUCGGUUCCCAGCAUGAUUUUCAACUUGAUCAAGAACAUUGUCGGUGCCGGUGUCCUGGGCUUGCCAGCUGGCAUUGCGGCGUUUGGUGAUGCUCCUUCGGCUGUUCUUCCAGCGAUUGUGUUGAUUGUGUGGAUGGGCAGUAUGAGUGCCUACGGAUUCUCGCUGAUUGGACGACUGUGUGCGUACAGUCAGGCACAGUCGUAUGCCGGAGCCUGGCAAGCCGCCACUGGUUCUAGCGCUAGUAAAUGGAUUCCUACCAUGGCCUGUAUGAUGGUCACCUUCAGUCUCUUGCUCAGUUAUUCCAUGAUUCUGUCACGAACCAUUCCCGAUCUCAUGCUCUAUCUACAUCCUCAAUGGCAU